AUGCUUCUUGAAGAACAACUUAAACAGCAUAAUAACCUUAAUAAUCUUCUCUCUUCCCCCUCUCCCUCUGCUGACUCAGCCAAAUUGUCCUCCAAGUUGGAGGCUUUGAGGAAAGUGAAGGAGCUUUGUGAUUUUUUCACUAAUUCUGAAAAGCAUCCAAAUGAUCCUAAAAACCUCUUAGAUAACCUCUGCACUGGCCUCGAAACCUUCCUCGGCUUCAACCCUUCUUCCAAAGGCUACGACGGCUCUGGUAUUGUGUACUCUGACUUGGACAGGCUGUGUGACGCGGUGAUGGGAUUUUUGAGUGGUGUGCUUGGUGCGGUGAAAAACACUCAGACAUACAAUGUCGGUAAAAAUACAUUAAAUUCGGUAAGUAAUGAAAUUAAGCAAUAUCUUUGCUCAGGGCACGAGGGUUUUAAAACGCUUUUCACCAAGUUGCCUGAUCGCAUCGCGGAGUAUAACAGGGAAGUGCAGCGGUCUAACAAUAGAGUUAGAAGCAUUGUAACUACAAUGCAGAGCAAUAUGAAGAACCUGGAAACGGAGGUGAGUGCAAUAACUAUAGUUAAUGCUGUUGCAGGAAAAUCAAUACAAAUUGGGCAAGCGGAAUGGUUAGUCAAGCAGAAGUUGGCGGACUGUUGGAAAUAUGUUGAGACUUUUACCAGUAGUUUAGAUAUUAACACAAAUUCCAUUGAUGAUAGAAACGCGAUUAAUGACCUUAAUAGUAGCUUACGUGAAAAAAUCGAAAAUGUACGUGUGACGAUAGAGCAUGAGAAUAAGCGUCUCACUGAGCUGUCUAAAAAGGAAAGGGAGGAGUUAACGGCGACGAAAGAUUUCCUUAAUGAAGAGGUCGAGAAACUUAAGAAGCGUUUACAUACGACAAUUGAUAAGCAUAUGAAUGAACUGGUCGAGCAUUUGAAGAAAUUAGUGAGAGAUAUUCUCGUUCUGCUGGAGAGCCUUGGCAAAAAGUUUCGGGACUAUGUAGAAGCACUACGGCAAUGGAUUGAAAAAACAGAGAGAGUCAUGAAUGACGCUGAGAAGCAGAUUGAUAUAGUGUUGGGACACGCGAAUGGAACUGAGAGCAUAUAUGCGCAGCUAGUCAAAUCAACAGCUGAGCAAAUUGAGAAGGAAGCCGGAUUGCUACACUUGGAGUUUGAGAAUUUGAAAGACAAGUAUAUUGACGUAUAUGAGAAAGUGCAUGGAGCAGAAGGAGCGGCGAAAAAACUCGCAACGUUUCAUGAGACCGUUAAGCAGAGCGUUCAGAACAAAAAGUGGAGUGAUUUUCAAAAAGGUGCAAAUAGUGGGUGGGAUUUACAAGAAAUAGAUAAGUAUAAGCAGAAUCUUGAAGAGGCAAUUGAGGGAUGUGUUAAAAUAGAAUUGCCAAAUAAAAUCCGUGAUGCGCUUUUUAAUUUGACCAAUCCAAUUACCACGCAGAGUGGCAAACCGUGUUCACUCGCUGACAUAGUUAAGCAAAUAGGGACGUAUGCUUCAGGGUUUGAAAACAGAUUUAGAAUCGCCAUUGAGAACAUGGUUGGAGAAAUUGUUGAGAGUGAAGGUAUUAAGAAGUGGGUCGCAUUGUAUGUUAAAUCAAAUGUGGCUAGAGGGCAGUUGAGAGCAAAUGGGCCUCACUCUGAUGCGCAAAAUCUGAAUACUGCCAUAGCGAUUGUGAAAGAUAAAAUAACGAGUGAGAUGAAGAGUGUUGUUCAGCGUGUGGUAGUAAGCGAACAAGAUGUUAAAAGUAAUAUGGAAGCUGUACAACAGUGCCUUGUCACUUUGGCUACCACUGACGUGGCAGCUAUGGGUCCAAGAAUCAUACAGCAAAUAGAUCAGGAAGUUAAACAGAAAAUCAGGAUAGAUCCGUCUCACACCAAAACCUAUCUUACAUGGGCUGUCUCAACGGUCUUAGACCUACUUACAAAAGCUACCAAUAAAGCAGCUACGGAACUUGGUCAGUUUACACGGACGUCGCAAAUUGAGAAGUUGAGUGAUAGUAUAAGCGGUAUUCACGGACUGGCCCAGAAUCUUUCUAUGCAGAUUGCCCCGGGAAACGGUACGCUCGGCAGUCUUGGUCACCAUAUUUAUAAUUUGUUAAAAGAGAAAGUCAACGACAAUUCAAUAAAAAACUUUUUACGCGAUCUUAUCAAAGAGGCUGUAAGAAAAGGUGUGGAUAAAUUACAACAUGAAAUCCAGACGAACGUUAUUACCGGAAUUCUUAGUAAGAUCGACAACAAUCUCGAAUCGCUUGAAAAACAAGCGCAAGCGGCAAGAGCAGGCAUUGAAAGCCAAGCCAACAUCGUAAUCCGAAACCUCAAUGAGCUCUGCGGCGCCAUUAAACAAGCUGCUGAAUACAGCAAGCAGAAUUUGAAGAAAUUAAAAGACGAACGCUUCAAACAAUACACUAAUGGAGCUGGGAAUGCAAACGACAGCAUCAAAAAAAUCUUCACUGAACUUGGCGAUCUGCACAGCGAACUUGUAGCUAAGCCCAUACACAAGGUCAAGGAAUUCCUCCAAAAAGGAGCCAAACAAGCCGAAGAUUACUACGCUAGAUAUUUAAAACGAGAGUCGGAUAAAGAAGUCGAAAAAUUCAAAAACCUUAUAUACCUUCACGCCCAGAUGCAGUACGGUGCCGCAGUGAAGAGCUUUUUGCAGGCGUUUCAUAAAAAGGCAACGGAACAGCUACAACCUUUGCCGGACGAAAUCGAUAGGGACAGGUACAGAGGUUAUAAAGGUUUCAUGAGAUACUUCCAGGAGGGAAUUGUGAAUAAUCUUAAGAGUUACGAAAAAGUCGAAGUGCUGUCAUCUAACUUCCUUAGCUGCUUCAGCACCGUCACCACCUACGUCAACGACGAAAUUCAAAGAGAACAUAAGGAGAAUAACAAAAAGAAAAAUCCUGCACCUUCGGGCUCUGAAACCGUAAAUACUGAUAAACUCAAAAUGUUAUUCGAUUCACUGAGCGAUCUUCUCAAUCACAUUACCGAGAGGAAGCGGUACGAUUACAAGGUGCCACAAAAACUCGACGCACUUGAAUCAGCGACAUUAAAGCUGAAACCAGACGGCUAUGAUAAUCCGAAUACUGCAGUUUUAGAUAGCAUUGGUUCCGGACUUUUGCCGUUCAUUAGAGAACUGAAAAAGGUCUACAUAUCGGCCUAUGAUAGUGAGAAGUUUACCGGCGAUCUUCUUGACGCUAGGCACGAAAUCAGUCCCGAUAGAGAUGACUGGAUUGUUAAUCUAACUAGCUACGGUAAGCAGUGCUCGAAGGUUUUCCUAAGCGCACUAGAGAUUCUGAACUACGAUUUACAUCACUUGAAACAAGAAUGUAACAGUACAGAUGGCGCGUGUAGAGACACUCUUAUUUACGAAGGGGUUGGAGAUGAAAUCAACGAACUCGGUCGCCUCUUGAAGAAUUGCGGUUUUACCAUUCCUAGUAACGACGGUCGGAAGCAAGAUGGCGAAUUGAGAUGGUCUUCAAAAAUGAUCGGUGAAGAUAUAUUUAAGAAGCUCAUAACAGUAGUUCCCUCCGCAAAAGCAAAUUCGCAUCUUAAUUCUUGUAUAUCCGAAAAACCGAACAAUAAUGUCCUAGUUGUUAUUCAAUGUCUAAUGACUCACCUCAAAGAGUAUUACGCUGUCUGCCACUACGGUACUACCUUCUCCAAAAAACAUCCAUCAUCCGUUUAUGAUAUGCUACUUUGGCUUAGCGGUCUUCCUCAUAGUUCGGUGUAUCACGACCUUUCGUUCAACGGUUUUGGCGGCUUAUUUGCAAAGCCGGAGAAAGAGGAAGCCGAUGCUGACGAAAGCGGUCCGAUCCUUAAAUUGGAAGACGAUGAGAAGUUGGCGGCGUACCCGGAUUCCAUCACCGCUGUCCAAUUGCGAGAUACUCUGGCAGAUGUCUGCGCACAAUCGCACUCCGUUCUCACUGCCGUGCUAGGUCACGGCCACGCCGGCGGUAUUUACGCUGUUGAUUUCAACACCAAUACGGCAGGCCUCGUAUAUCCCGGUGACGCCGGUAAAUGUUUAGAUUUACUGGUGGACUCAUUGCAUAAAUUGCAUCAUCAAAUGUGCUUCCUCUAUGUACAGUGCGCACGUUCAUACAAGUCCACUAGUUGGCGUGAUUGCUACUACGGCAGGGACGUCGGCGGAUCAAGUUGGAUGUGCAACACAAAGCAAUGUCCUAACCAAACAUGUGACCAAAAGCGUAACCAAAUGGCUACCCAAAACACUAAGCAAACGUGUGAACAACAUCCUAGUUGCGGACUCAAAUCGCCACUUCAGUCAUUUUUGGAAGAUGGUCUUCCAGGUUUUAUGCCGCAUUCAUUCGACAAGGUUGGCUGUGGAACGAAGUGUUCUGUUAGUAACCACAGAGGAAUGCCGUGCAAGACCCCUAUGGGUUUUGGCGAUAUCAGCGUUAAGGCCUCUCAUACGCAGAAAGGUGAACAUCUCGGAGAUGUAUUGAGAGAUUUCUGCGUUAAUAAAUCCUCUCCCCUCAGCAGGCUCUGUUCUUACUUCAUAUGCAUAAUGCAGCGUACUCCGCAGACGCUUGACGAUAUGUUCUCGUUCUACUACAACUUCUUAAAUGGAUGGGAGGGUAGAAACUACAAACGUAGAGAGCACAGAGAGAACGCCUAUGCAAGCGCAGUUAAAGCAGCUAGAUUUGGGGAUGAGCAAGCGGAGUUAAUCGUGACGUCAAUAUUCAAAAGCAGUAAUCACUCGAAAGGUAAUCAUCUCAAAGGUGAUUUGUUCAGUCUGACAAACUGCGAUGAUGAGUCACAUACAACAACCACCUGCGGUCGUUAUAUGCAGCCUAUUGGCCAGAACACAUGGGUGGUGUUCUCCGAGAAGAACGCCGACAAAUAUCUUUCGUGGAUAGUGUAUAUCACCGAGACGUUCUAUCAGCUACUCAAAGCAUUGUACGAUGAAUGUUGCAAAAACUGUACGUCGCCCGGUUCCAAAUGCAACGGUAAGGUAUGUCCCAAAACAUGUCCUACAUUGCAGAAAGGUAAACAACCUGUCACUCAUAAAGACGAAUGUAAAUCCAUAGCCGAUUGCCCGUUCACUCGUCCCACAUUGGCGAGGUAUGGAUUCGUAUUUCAGAGUGCGUACAACCUAAGCGGUGCGAACGACGUACAAGGAAAGCGCACAUGUGCAGAUUUAUGCAACGCACUGAAACGUGUAGUCAGUGACGUGAAAGACGAGAAUGAUGUGCUUGCCAAGUUAGUCUAUGAAACAAUUCCAGAAUUCAUAUGGAAAAUCCGUGAACCCUUCUCCUACCUUGUCCUAGCCCUCUGGCUCCUCUCUCUGUUGUACCUCCUCCACAUCAUGGUCAUCCGCCUAGACCUGCUCCACAUCAAAUCGCAUCUACAUAGUCCAUCAUCGCAUCGUAUCGCUGCUCAAUCACUACUUGCUGCUGGACGUGUUAACAAACUGGGCAGGGUGUUUUAUCUGCAACCUUAG